CUGGACUUUCCGACUCAAUUAGGAUGGAGCUUCUCAAUAUGCUGGUUUAAAUGGCGUCUGUGGAGAUAAAUAAAAAGAAAGAUGGGCCCCUUGUCUGUUUUAUACUCCUGUGGUCAUAGGCUUUGAACUGUCGCCGAUGAUUGCAGCUUGGUCAUUAUUCCACGAGCAAUAGCAGACCGGCAUACUAGUCUGGUUUAUUGAUUCGAUCUAUUCGUGACUUGUCUGGGAUACCUGUUUGUGGUGUUGCAACAAGAACGCCAUUGACCAACUAAUAUACAGUCGGCGACAUGGCCGAAGACGUGGCUAGAUUUGUUGCCCCUCUCUCACAGGGCUUUGGCUAUGGUAUAAUUAUCGGACUCGGCUUUGCUUUUGCUCUGUUGAUGGUCUUUAUUACCUGGGCUUUGAAGAGAUACCAGUAUGAAGUGCAAACCUCGGAAAUGUUCUCGACCGCUGGACGAUCCGUCAAAUCUGGCCUGGUUGCCGCUGCAGUCGUUAGCAGUUGGACAUGGGCCGCCACACUUCUCCAGUCUUCUGCCGUGGCAUAUCAAUACGGAGUCUCGGGGCCGUUCUUCUACGCAUCAGGCGCCGUUGUGCAGAUCAUCCUAUUCGCAACCCUCGCGAUCGAGCUUAAACGACGAGCCCCGAACGCGCACACCUUCCUAGAAGUCAUCCGCGCACGCUAUGGCACCACUGUACACUGCGUCUUCAUCGUGUUUUGCCUAAUGACCAACACUCUUGUCACCGCUAUGCUCCUUACAGGCGGCUCUGCUGUCUUGACGUCUUUGACAGGCGUUCACACCGCCGCCGCCUGCUUCCUCCUUCCUAUCGGUGUUGUGCUAUAUACGCUGUUUGGUGGGAUCAAGGCGACGUUUAUCACGGACUACUUGCACACUGUCGUUAUUAUUGUUGUUAUCUUUAUAUUUGCGUUCUCGGCAUACGCAACGAACGACACAUUGGGGUCUCCAGGGGCUGUCUAUGAUGCGCUUGUGGCGGCUUCCACGCGGCAUCCGGUGGAGGGAAAUGCCCAGGGGAGUUAUCUGACUAUGCGAUCCAAGGAAGGUGGUAUCUUCUGGGUGAUUAAUCUUGUGGGAAAUUUUGGAACGGUGUUUCUGGACAAUGGGUACUACAACAAAGCCAUCGCCGCCAGCCCCGUCCACGCCUUCCCAGGAUACGUAAUCGGUGGUCUAUGCUGGUUCGCCAUCCCCUGGCUCUGCGCCACCACCAUGGGCAUAUCAGCCCUCACGUUGGAGGGAUCCCAACGACUCAGCUCAGACGACGUCACAGCGGGUCUCGUCUUGCCGUUUGCUGCGGUCAAGCUGCUAGGAUACAGCGGAGCAGUCUGCACGACACUGAUGAUUUUCAUGGCCGUGACAUCUGCAUUCUCGGCCCAGCUAAUCGCUGUAUCCUCGAUCCUUACCUACGACAUUUACCAAGCCUACAUCAACCCCGAUGCUAAAGGUAAAACGCUCGUUUGGGUCUCGCACAUGUCGUGUAUUUUCUGGGCUGUUGUAAUGGCCGGGUUCGCCACAGGACUCUACUAUGCGGGUAUUGGCAUGGGGUAUCUGUAUCUGCUCAUGGGCGUGAUUAUCUCGUCUGCCGUGUUUCCUGGCGCGAUGACCCUGGUAUGGAAGGGACAGAAUUGGAUCGCCGCGGCGGCCUCGCCGGUGCUAGGCCUUGCAGUGUCACUGAUCGCAUGGCUUGUGACGGCGAAGACCGAAUCAGGUGUAUUGACAGUGGCUACUACUGGAGCGAAGUAUCCUUUUCCCCUCCUACUCUCCACCUUUUAAACGAACAACACUAACAACAAUCCCAUCAGCUACCCAAUGCUCGCCGGCAACGUCGCCGCUCUCCUUAGCCCAAUCGUCUUCUCCCCAGUCCUAACCUACCUCUUCGGCGCCCAGAACUACAACUACGCCUCAAUGCGCGCCAUCCGCAAAGUCGACGACAGCGAUGUCGCAGCCGCAGCCCACAUCGACAUCGAGCUGAUCCCCGGCGAGGCCGCAUCCCCAACAUCAUCCCCCAACGAAUCCAAGCAAGAGCAACGCAAAAUGAACCAAGCAGCCACGUACUCGCGCGCUCUGACCAUCGCCAUGGUGCUGUGCUUCCUGCUGCUGUGGCCGAUUCCCAUGUACGGGUCGAGUUAUGUUUUCAGCAAGAAGUUCUUUACGGGGUGGGUUGUUGUGGGCUUGAUUUGGUUGUUUGGGACGACUUGCGGGGUGGUGGUUUUUCCGCUUUGGGAGGGGAGGGUGAGUAUUGUGCGGACGGCUAGGUUGAUGUGGUUGGAUGUGG